ACCUCAGAGGCAGUUAAACGUUUACAAGCAUUGCAAAGAGGGCCUACACCACAGCUCAUACGAAUCGGCGUUCGGAACAAGGGAUGUGCUGGCCUAUCUUAUCAUUUAGAAUACGUCGAAAAGCCCGAGAAGUUUGAUGAACUUGUCGAGCAGGAUGGUGUUAAGGUCAUCAUUGAUAGCAAGGCGCUAUUUUCCAUUAUUGGAAGCGAAAUGGACUGGCAUGAAGAUGCUCUGAGCUCUAAAUUUGCAUUCAAGAAUCCAAACAUAAAGGACGCUUGCGGCUGUGGUGAAUCCUUUACGGUCUCAUGA